CACGUAGGCUCCGUUGGUGUCCGUCCUACCUGUUAACUCUCUUUCUCUUCGCUUCGCUUCCCUCUCACUCUCACUCUCUCUCUCUCUGUCCGUUACCUACAACAAAUCAAUUCCGCCUAUUUCCUCGCUCUUCCUCUGGCGCUUCAAAAAGACAAGGAUUCGCGUCCAACUCGUAGCCCCAUUAUAAUACUCCAUCGCGGUAGGCUCCUUGUUUCGCAUCUCCACUUUCCUUGCCCCCAAGAAGAUUCGUCGUCCCCGGCAUCCUGUUACCUCUCUCGUUUUCUCUUAGGAAGGAGGAGUCGAAAGGGUGUUUUUCUUUUUCCGGAGAAAACGAAGAUGUCGAAAGCUGGUGCAUUGGAUCUUGCUUCUGGUCUUGGUGGGAAGAUCGAGAAGAAGGAAGUUCUUUCCGCGGUCGAGCAGUAUGAAAAGUACCACAACCUAUAUGGAGGUGCUGAUGAAGAGAGGAAAUCAAACUACACUGACAUGGUUAAUAAAUAUUAUGACCUUGCAACUAGCUUUUACGAGUUUGGCUGGGGAGAAUCUUUCCAUUUUGCUCACAGGUUCAAUGGUGAAUCUCUUCGGGAGAGCAUCAAGCGGCAUGAGCACUUCCUCGGAUUGCAACUUGCCCUGAAACCUGGACAAAAGGUGUUGGAUGUUGGAUGUGGAAUUGGUGGACCACUGAGAGAAAUUGCUAGGUUCAGCUUAGUAUCAGUGACAGGGUUGAAUAACAACGAAUAUCAGAUAUCAAGAGGAAAGGAACUAAAUCGUAUUGCAGGAGUGGACAAGACAUGUGAUUUUGUUAAGGCUGACUUCAUGAAAAUGCCAAUCCCAGACAACAGCUAUGAUGCCGUGUAUGCCAUUGAAGCCACCUGCCAUGCACCUGAUGCGUAUGGAUGCUACAGCGAGAUCUACAGAGUAUUGAAACCUGGCCAGUGUUUUGCUGCUUAUGAAUGGUGCAUGACGGAUGCUUAUAAUCCCGAAAACAGAGAACACAACAAAAUUAAGUCAGAAAUAGAGAUUGGUGAUGGUCUUCCUGACAUUAGGUCAACGACACAGUGCAUUGAGGCUCUGCAGAAGGCCGGUUUUGAGGUUAUAUGGUCGAAGGAUCUUGCGAAAGACUCACCUGUCCCGUGGUACUUGCCCCUGGACAAAAGUCACUUCUCGCUGAGCAGCUUCCGUUUGACUGCUGCUGGAAGAUUCUUUACUAAAAAUCUGGUGAAGGCCCUCGAGUAUGUAGGACUUGCUCCUAAAGGAAGUCAAAGGGUUCAAGAUUUUCUUGAGAAGGCUGCUGAGGGAUUAGUCGAUGGUGGGAAGAAGGAGAUAUUCACACCAAUGUUCUUCUUCUUGGCUCGUAAGCCGCUCUAGGAGAGUCAAAGGAAAAAGGUGGUAGCUGUAUGUGCUCGGCUUGCUCUGUUAGGCAGUGAACAGAAACUCAUUCCGAGUUUUGUUUUUCUCAGUCUCUUUGGAACAGUUUCAGCGUACUGCGUGUAUCAGCAUUGUUCAGUUUGUGAACGUUGUGAGACUCAUCAGUUUUGGUUCUCAAGUAACGUAGACUGUUAGCUGGUUUUUAGUCAUCGGUCAUUCUAAUCUAUUUUAGUCUGUGCUGGUUAAGAUUAAACUGCCUCGAUACUCUGCCGAAGCCAUUUAAGUAUUUUAGUUGGUGGGAGUCAUAUUGAUGGGAGCGGAUAUGGUGAUAACACCAUAUUUGUUGUUAUAGAGACAACAAAUUAGGGCAACCAAUAGAAAGUCACCAUUGCACGUAGUCAAGUGUAGAUGG